AUGGCGAAGGAAUUUCAAGACAUCCAGCAGCUGGACUCUGAGGAAAAUGACCACCAGCUGGGAAGAAGUGAGGGGCCAGGCCCUCACAGACAGAAUUUCAGAAGAGAAAAUCCAUUUUGGAAAGGGACGCCUCCCCCCAAGCCCUUCCUGCAGCAUUUCUGCUCCCGGACCCGCCUCAGUCUGCUUGCCCUGGGCUUCAAUGUCUUGCUGCUGGUGGUCAUCUGUAUGAUUGGGUCCCAAAGCACACAGCUGCACAUGGAGCUGCGGGCCCUCAAAGAAACUCUCAACAACUUCUCAGCAACCACCCUGAUGGAGGUCCGGGCUCUCAGCUUCCAUGGGGUCAACGUGAGUGACAGGGUGACAUUUCUGGAAGCCAAGCUGGAGAAAGAGAACGAGGACCUGAAAUCAGAUCACGCCAACUUGCUCCUUCACCUGAAGCACUACCCGCUAGAUCUGCGCAUCCUGGAGUGUCAUAUAACAUUCCUCCAGAGCAAUGGCACAAAAUGCUGCCCUGUUAACUGGAUGGAACAUGAAGGCAGCUGCUACUGGUUUUCUCGCUCUGGAAAGACCUGGCCUGAGGCUGACAAGUACUGCCAGCUGGAGGAUGCCCACCUGGUCGUCAUCAACUCCAGGGAGGAGCAGAAAUUCAUUCUACAACACUCGAGAUCCUUUCAUACCUGGAUAGGGCUCACCAACAGUGGUGGCUCCUGGAAGUGGGCGGAUGGUACUGACUAUGAGAAUGGCUACAAGAACUGGGAUUACACUCAGCCGGACAACUGGCAGGGGCACGAGGUGGGAGGAAAUGAAGAUUGCGUCGAAAUCCUCUCGGAUGGCCACUGGAAUGACGAUUUGUGCCAACAGAUGCACCGCUGGGUGUGUGAGACCAAGCAGAACCACACCGCUGGGAGACUCUGA